CGUGUGUCAUAAACCUUUCACUUAACUUUCGAAUUUUUCAACUUUUAUCCUUCGACUUCAUUCCACGUCUGCCAUGCCUCUUCUCUCUGACUUCAUGCUCUCCGUCCUUCCAACGGACUACAUACCCAAAUAUCUUAAAUCGUAUAUCCCAGGCGAGACGCCCUUGUCAACAUGGCCCGUCGUCACCACCGCCCUUGCGUCGUACCUCGCUAUAAUAUUCGGCAUUCGUGAAAUCAUGAAGGAUAGACCUCCGCAGCAGCUCAAUACCCUCUUUCGCAUACACAAUGCUUUCCUCAGCCUUGGAAGCUUCAUCCUUCUCGUCUUCAUGGCGGAAGAAGUCGGUUCGAUAUGGCUCACAUCAACAACCUAUGGCACGAUGUGUGAUGAGACCUCGUGGACAGAGAAACUGGAAUUUUACUACAUGAUCAACUACUACUUCAAGUACAUUGAACUUCUUGAUACGGUGUUCCUCGCUCUCAAAAAGAAACCACUUGCUUUCCUUCAUGUAUUUCAUCAUUCCGCCACGGCUCUCCUAUGCUUUGCGCAACUUAACGGCAAAACGAGUGUGUCAUGGGUUGUGAUCUCUCUAAACCUGCUAGUUCACGUCAUCAUGUAUUAUUACUACUUUGCUACUGCUGGUGGUGCCAGAAUAUGGUGGAAGAAAUACCUCACGUCCAUGCAGAUCAUUCAGUUCAUCAUCGAUAUUGUCAUUGUUUACUUUGGCACCUAUCAGCAUUACGCCGCUACUCACUACAAUCACCUUCCCCAUUGGUCAAAUUGUGCUGGCACUGAAACUGCUGCUCUCUUUGGGUGUGGCCUUCUCACCACCUAUCUUGGCUUGUUCGUCAACUUCUACAUCCAAACAUACAAGAAACCCGCCAAAGGCAAGAAGCCUGUAGCCAAUGGUAAUGCUAAUGGCCACGCGCAUAAUGGAAAUAGCUACAAAAAGGACUGAGUAUGAUACUCGCCUUCACGACGAUACGUUUGACGUGGCUAUGGCCAAGCGAUUACAUAUACUUAUCUAGCACCACGCAGGACACUAAUACAGAAUGCGUUGACCAAUUUACCUCCAGUUCACCUGUCCAAUCUUUUCACACAGCCUGUCGUUCUUGUGUCUAUUUUGCUGUUCCACGUCACCUUAUUUUUUUGUGGACGAGGAGUAUUUCUUUUGCAUAUCUGUUUCCUUUCGGAUCUUGCUUUGGUUGCUGGUAUACAUGUUAUACGGGUGUGCUUGGAGCUGUGUUGGAAUGCAAAGGACAAUUCACGAACAAGAGAUACCGUAGUAAUACCCAGACGAAAUGCCACUAUUUCCCCAUC